GCGUUAGUAUUCGUGUGCUCGUCCCUGAGGUUCAGUCAGUGACUCAGUGCUGGUCUUGGUUGUCAGAUUAGGAGCGACUGCUUGGCACUUUCUGCUCCGCCAUCACCGACUUUCCAGCAAAUAUGUCCAAACUGGAGCAGAUCCUCAUCCUGGAACCUCCGGUCGACCUAAAAUUCAAAGGUCCCUUCACAGAUGUUGUCACUACAAACCUAAAGCUGAAAAACCCCUCAGACAGAAAAGUAUGUUUCAAAGUGAAGACCACGGCGCCGCGGAGGUACUGUGUACGGCCGAACAGUGGGAUGAUCGAACCGGGGUCUUUCAUAAUCGUCUCGGUAAUGUUACAACCUUUUGACUACGAUCCCAAUGAAAAAAGUAAACACAAAUUUAUGGUACAGACCAUCUUUGCUCCAUCUCAUGUUACAGACAUGGAGGCAGUGUGGAAAGAUGCAAAACCUGAUGAUCUCAUGGAUUCCAAAUUAAGAUGCAUAUUUGAACUACCUUCUGAAAAUGAUAAAGUGGGUGCCCCAACACCAGGGGAUGCUCCUGAGCAUCGUACCACCUUCAGCACCAGAUACCUUCAGACCCCAUUGACUGUUAGCAGCAAGACUGAUCUGCAGGGAUUUGUGUCAGCCCCCAGCAGUGAGAUCAAAGGGGAGAAAAUGCAGAAUGACAUUGAAUCAAGCAAAGCUACUCCAGUCCUUAAUGCAUCUAAGCAAGACGGUUCUUCCCUGCCAAAACCCACUAGCAUGUCACUGGACGACACUGAGAUGAGGAAACUCAUGGAAGAGUGCAAGAGGCUCCAAUCUGAUGUGAUGAAACUCUCAGAUGAAAACCGGCAACUUAAGGAUGAUGGUUUGAGGAUGAGGAAGGCACCUAGGUCAGACAACAUGCCAACAAACACAGGAGGCUUGAUGGGUAGAGACAACAGUUCCAGCUCUCUUCCUUCUCUCCUUGUUGUACUCGCAGCCAUUUUCAUCGGAUUCUUCCUAGGGAAAUUCAUCUUGUAGAGAAAAAGCAUGCAAACGUGCUCAUUUAGGCCUGGAAUUGUUUUACCGUUGACCUGCCAUAACAUUGGUAGUGUGGCCCACAGUGACCAUGUUUGUGUACAGCAUCAUAAACAGGCCUUGCCUUUAACAAUAUCACGCGGUUAGUACACACAAAAAAAAGAAAACAAGAUUUUCCUUUUUUCAGUUCUUUGGGGGGGGAAAUUAAAAAAUUGUAUGUUGUCAAAACAUAAAUAGCAGGUGUGUCAAGGCACAUAGAGCCCUUGAUGAAAAUUCGUAAAUAAAGAAUUGUUCUCUUUCUCGCUCUGUGGUUUUAAUAAGAGUUGAAUGGAAUGUUGUGUCUUGUAAAUGUUAUUUUAAUCCUUUUAAAGACAAAUUUUGCAACCUGUUGACUCUUGAAAUUCGAUGUUAGUCCAAUUCAAGAGGUGUGCCAGGGAAAAUGGUGCCUCUCCUUCCUUGUAAAUCUCUCACCCCUUUCCUGUCCCUGCUGAUACCAACGCAGAUUUUUCUUUUUGUUUCUUUCUUUUCUUUUUCUUUCCUGCCACAGAUUAUAACCCUUGAGGCAAUUGUUGACUGAAAAAAGCUCCAUUCUUACAAUUCUGUCUCAUGGUAUUUAACGUUAAAUAAAAAAGAAAAAAAAAAUCACUAAAA